AUGUGGGUGCAGUACCUAAGUGUUCCUGUGGGGGCGCUGCGAGGAGGGCGUCUGCUCUUCAGCGCCCUCAGCUUGUCUCCCUUGGAGCAGGAGGAGGGGAGUGCUCUGGACGACCCGCUGGCCAGUGUGACUCCGCCCUCUCUGUCCUACCUGACCACACCCACUAUGACAUCAUCACAGAGCGCCGCGGAGCUGGUGGUGUUCUUCAGCCUGAGGGUCACAAACCUGCGCUUCAGCGAAGACCUGUUCAACAAGACGUCAGAGGAAUACAAGGAGCUGGAGGCAAAGUUCACAGACAUGCUGCUGCCGUACCUGCAGGACCAGCUGUCAGGGUUCCGGGCCCUGGAGGUUCUGUCGUUCCGCAGAGGUUCUGUGGUGGUUCACAGUAAGAUGCGUUUCACUCGCUCUGUUCCGUAUAAUGUCACGGCCGCCGUCCACAACGUCCUGGAAGAGUUCUCCAACGCCGCGAGGAGGCGGAGCAUCCUGAUCGACCAGCAGAGCCUGGACGUGGAACCAGCUGACAGAGCAGAUCCCUGUAAGUUCUUCUCCUGUCCAGAGUCCUUCACCUGCAGACUGGACCCAGGAACCAGGAACCCACUGUGCAGACACAAAGGGCGAGUGGAGGUCCCAGUCUGGAGUUAG